AUGGCUAUCAACAUAAGCACUUUGCCCACCGAGAUCCUCGACAAGGUAAUUCACCUCGUUGUCGAUGGCAAGAAUUGGCGGCCCGCCAUUAUCCCAUGCCUGUUAGUCAAUCGCAAAUGGCGGGAUGUCUGCCUGGCGAUACUCUAUGGAGAGUUGGUGCUAUUCUGCAUCACUCCGUUGAGUCGGUUUCUAGUAUGCCAUGACCAGCAGGCUACUGCCAAUCUGACAAGAUCCGUCACCUUCUACCUAAGCCAGGGAGAGAACCCGGACUCAUCCACAUACAAUCAGGUUCUAUUAUCAACCCAGCAGUUAAUCGAAGAUGUUAUCCCUUCGAUGAACAACCUCAAGUCAUUCUCCCUCAAGCGUCAACAUCCCCUACACAACGUAUGGCUCACUAAGUCAACCAUUUCGCUGUUGCUAAACACCCUCACUGUAAGCUGCACAGGUAUAGAGCUUGAGGCAUCCCUUCAAGAUGGGAACACCCCAGCUCAUGUUUGCGAGGACUUGCGGCGAUUGCUACCACGUAUGGAGCACGUUCAUAUUGAUUUGGAACCAAUUUGCGAUGCAAUGCUUGGCACCUGGGACGUCGACGAAACUUUCCAUCCCAUCAACCUUCCUCAAAUACGAAGUCUCCACAUAGACUGUGUCGGGGAUGGUCACUCUGGCAAAGAAGGUUGUGUGGAGAGAUAUCAACAAGCCAAGCCUUUGACACUCGGUCAUUCACUGGUUCAAGCAUCGCAGCAGUUGAUCGAGCUUCCAGGGACAGCUUCAGCACAUUUCACUGUUCUAGGGACUUCACCGCAAGGCUAUGAGAACCAGUCCUUGUAUUGGACGCUCUUGCGCUGUCGCAUGAUGAAAGAGCCCCAGGGCGUGAGGACAGAAACUUGGAGAUUUCCCGCCGUAUGGCAGAUAGGACAUCUCUAUUCAGCAUACUACAUCCGGAUGAGGCAUGAGGCAUACGUGAUUGAUAAUCGAAAUAAGGCCAUCGAUGUGGCCGGGGGGCGUCCAUGGCGUACGCUGAUUACGAGCACAAGACUACCCAGGGCUCUUGCACACGACAAGGAAUUGCUGCCGGACGAUGGCAUCAUCAACCACAAAGAUUGGACCAGAAUGUACCCGAAAAAGCAGCCCUGGUUGAUAUACAACGAGAGAAAAGCAGGAAUGAGUCUACUGCAUGCCGAGCUACAGGAGGGCUAUGAAGAGAAAAGCUUGUUGGAGUACACACCAAAGGGAUUCGUACGGUACGGCGGACCUGUGUGGCAGUACACGCGGCUUUACGCCGAAGAUGAUGAACCGCCAGAAGACUGGGACCCUAAUGGUCCAGACGGUUCAGUAGUAGGUUGA